CAUUGUCCUUCCAUCUCAACUUCCAACUCUUCCACUCUUCUAAUCUCCAAAAACCCAUAUCCAGAAUCUUCUGUUUCUCUCUGUUUUCUUCAGCUCUGCUCUUGAAAAAAAAAAAGAAAGAGAGAGAGAAAAAAAAGAUGGUGGUGUUGUCCCAACCAGCAUUAGAUCAGAUUAGUUUUGUAGAAAACCAGAAGCCCGCGUCCUACCCUGGCAUUCCAACCAUAGACCUGUCAAAGCCCGAGUCCAAAACUCUUCUUGUGAAAGCCUGUGAAGAGUUUGGAUUCUUCAAGGUUGUCAACCAUGGCAUUCCAUUAGAGUUCAUCGAUAGGUUGGAAGCUGAGGCUGUGAAGUUCUUCUCCUUACCUCAACCUGAGAAGGAAAAAGCUGGCCCUGCUAAUCCGUUUGGGUAUGGAAACAAGAGGAUUGGACCCAAUGGUGAUGUGGGCUGGCUUGAGUAUCUCCUCUUUCAAACCAAGGUCAAUUCCAUUUCUCAGAGAUCUUGGGCCAUUUCUAGAGAAAACCCAGAAAUCUUUUGCUCUGCUGUGAGUGAUUACAUAUCAGCUGUGAAGAAAUUAGCUUGUGGAGUUCUUGAAUCUUUAACUGAAGGGCUGAAGGUUGAACCAAGGAAUAUUUUCAGCAAGCUUCUGAUGGAUGAAGAGAGUGACUCUAUUUUCAGGCUCAAUCACUACCCUCCAUGUCCUGAACUUAAAGCAUUGAGUUGCAACUUAACUGGCUUUGGAGAACACACUGACCCUCAGAUAAUAUCAGUUCUGAGAUCAAACAAUACAUCAGGCCUUCAAAUCUCUCUCAGUGAUGGGAGUUGGGUUUCAGUCCCACCUGACCACAACUCCUUCUUUGUCAUUGUUGGUGAUUCCUUGCAGGUGAUGACAAAUGGUAGAUUUAAGAGUGUGAGACAUAGGGUUUUGGCCAACAGCUUCAAAUCAAGGGUCUCAAUGAUUUAUUUUGGUGCACCAGCUCUAAGGGAAAAGAUAGCACCUUUGCCAAUUAUAAUGGAAAAAGGAGAGGAAAGCUUGUACAAGGAAUUCACAUGGUGUGAAUACAAGAAAUCAGCCUACAAAUCAAGGCUGGCUGACAAUAGGCUUGGGCUGUUUGAAAAGAUAAAAAGCAAAGAUCAUUCAUUAGAGGUCAUCUGAUGUUAUAGAUUUCUCUUUUGUAGUACAAAUGGGUUUUGUCAAAAACAGGUUGGAAAGGCUGCCCAUAUUAACCAAAGAUGGAUAGGAAAAGCUUGUGUUGCUUAUGUAAUUACCUACUUCAGAUAUAAAUGCUAAAUGGGAAUUUUAUCA